GAUCAUCUCAAUGGCUUUUGCACCUUCCUUUGCCCGUCGCUUCGCCUCUACAUCUUUCAGAAUGUCGAACGUAUUCUUUGACGUCACCAAGAACGACCAGCCUCUUGGCCGCAUCGUCUUCAAGUUGUACGACGAUGUCGUCCCCAAGACUGCCAAGAACUUCCGCGAGCUUGCUACUGGCGAGCACGGCUUUGGCUACGCCGGAUCUGGCUUCCACCGUGUGAUUCCCAACUUCAUGCUGCAAGGUGGUGACUUCACUGCCCACAACGGCACCGGGGGCAAGUCCAUCUACGGCAACAAAUUCCCCGAUGAGAACUUCCAGCUCAAGCACACCAAGCCUGGCCUCCUUUCCAUGGCCAACGCCGGCCCCAACACCAACGGCUCCCAAUUCUUCAUCACCACUGUCGUCACCAGCUGGCUCGACGGAAAGCACGUCGUGUUCGGUGAGGUCGUCGAGGGGCUCGACAUUGUCAAGGCCAUUGAGGGUCAGGGUUCCGACAGCGGCAAGCUGCGAUCCAAGAUCCAGAUUGCCAAGUCCGGUACUGUCUAAAUAGCAACAGCUUCGCUGCUAGGUGGUUUUACCUCAAAUCCCUCCUGUGAUCAGCUUUGCCCAAAUGACAUGAAUGACAAAGUGGCAAAUCCGAGUGUUGGUGUGUCACCAG